AGUCUGCAGCAGUCGAGGAGUCACACUGAGUUCAAGUUCAGAAGUGCUUUACACAUGAAAUCUACUGGCUCUCUAGCUGAUUCUGCCCUGUCACCAUCUCCACAGAAUUGGAUUUACAGUCAUGGAGGAACAUCAGCAACAUUUACACUGUGUGAACUGUGUCAGCCGUCGUUGUAUGACCAGACCAGAGCCUGGCAUUUCCUGUGAUUUGGUUGGCUGCCCCUUGGUUUGUGGAGCAGUUUUUCAUUCAUGUAAAGCUGAGGAGCAUCGCAUGUUAUGUCCACUUGAAAGAGUGCCUUGUUUGAAUAGUGGCUUUGGAUGUCCUUUCAUAGUAGCCCGAAAUAAAAUCGCUGAUCAUCUAGAAGUUUGUCCUGCAAGUGUGGUGUGUUGUACUAUGGAGUGGAAUAGAUGGCCAGUCAGUUACGCAGACCGAAAAUCUUACGAAAAUCUGAGUAAAGAUGUUGAUGAAGUGGAACAGCUAGACAUGGCUUUAGCUCUUCAAGACCAGCGCAUGUUAUUAGAAUCACUUAAAGUAGCAACUAUGAUGUCAAAAGCAGGUGAUCAAAUACCAGAAUCCAGAGAGCAAACCUCUGUCAAAUCAAGUGCCCCAGAUACAGUGCAUUCAAAUGGCUUGAUGCCUGUAGAUGAAGAGUCCUAUGGUGCACUUUAUCAAGCUACUGUAGAAACAACAAGGAGUUUAGCUGCUGCUCUGGAUAUCCUGAACACUGCUACAAGGGACAUUAACAUGUUAAGUUCAAGGCUCUGCAUUUCACCACAUGAAAUGAAAGAAGAUACUGAGAUUAAAGAACAAGCUUCUAAUGGCAUUAUUCAGGAUAAAAAGUCUGACCAUGAAUAUCCAGAUGAAGACAACAUAGGAGCAGUUGGGGGAAUUAACUUUGAUAGUCUGAGUCAAAAUUCACAAAUGGAGCAAAAUGGUUCUAGUGAUAUUUGUUAUGAUGUGGUGCAAAAACAUGACUUGAAUCUAAACCUCAAUAACUCCUCAGUUUUGUGUAAUGGCUUUCAUGUAGAAAAUGAAUGUUCAAAGGUGUUGGACCAGAGUGAAGAUCUUGGUGCACCAUCCAGUGUAGCAAAUGGUGAAUGUACUGCAUCUCAUGAGGAUGAAGCAUUACAGUCCUGCAGUUCCUUCCCUGUAACGGCACAACUUAAAGAAGUAUUGCCAGCUGAUCACUUAGUUAAUGGCAAUGUUAAUCAUGUCCUACUUCCCCAUAAUGCUAUCGAAGAAGAAAUGUUGGAGAGACAAGUGGAGCAAGAAAGGUUGAGAAACGUAGAUGCGUUUUCACUUCUACGGCAUCGAUCAUACAAAUUCCUUGUUAACCACUAUUGGUCUACACCAAAAGAAGACAAAGCUGUUGAUACGUCCGAUUUGGAGAUAACAGAAGAUCCUAUGGGUCUUCAGGGGAUUGAUCUAAUCACUGCAGCUCUGUUGUUUUGCCUAGGAGACUCUCCCGGAGGUAGGGGGAUAUCAGAAAGUCGCACUGUCGAUGUGUAUCACGUUGACUUUGGGACCCAAACAUUUUCUCUCCCAUCUGCUAUACUGGCCACAAAUACAAUGGUGGGGGAAAUAGCUUCAGCUUCUGCAUGUGAUCAUGCCAACCCGCAGCUCUCAAAUCCAAGUCCAUUCCAGACCCUGGGACUGGAUUUGGUAUUGGAAUACGUGGCUAAAUACCAAACAAACCAGCAUUCAAUGUUUACAUUUGUUUGUGGACAGUUGUUUAGGAGGAAUGAAUUUUCAUCGCAUUUUAAGAAUGUGCAUGGUGACAUUCAUGCCGGCCUUAAUGGCUGGAUGGAGCAGAGGUGUCCUUUGGCAUAUUAUGGGUGUACAUAUUCUCAACGAAGGUUUUGCCCUUCAACACAAGGGGCAAAAAUUAUUCAUGACCGCCACUUACGGUCGUUUGGAGUUCAGCCGUGUAUAUCCACAGUAUUAGUAGAACCAGCAAAAAGCUGCUUAAUUGGACUACACAAUGACCAUCUGAGUAGUCUACCUUUUGAGGUUCUGCAGCACAUUGCUAGUUUUCUAGAUGGCUUUAGUUUAUGUCAGCUUUCAAGAGUGUCACGUUUAAUGAGAGAUGUGUGUGGGAGCUUGCUUCAAGCACGUGGAAUGGUGAUACUCCUUUGGGAGAAGAGAAAGUACCCAGAUGGAAGUUCUUCUUGGCAGAUAAAAGAAAAGGUUUGGCGCUUCAGCACGGCCUUUUGUACUGUGAAUGAGUGGAAAUUUGCUGACAUCGUAAGCAUGGCUGACCACUUGAAGAAAUGUAGCUAUAAUGCUGUAGAGAGAAGAGAGGAGGCUGUUCCACUGCCAUGUAUGUGUGUAACACGAGAACUCACUAAAGAAGGACGUUCACUGCGCUCUGUUUUGAAACCAGUACUUUAA